GUGUUAAACCCACAUGUCGAUGGUUUAAAUUAAAUCAAACAUUGUGGUUUGUCAUCAACUGUUGUUGAGUAGUUUGCGAUUGUAGCUAAUUUACGAAGUGUGUUAUUGUUGCGACCGAGCCAGCUUGUUUUUCCUCAGACAGCAGACGAUUGUGGGUUUGGGUAGGGACUAGGGAGGGACACUUUCCCAGAGUUUUCAGUAAUGUUUUCAUUGAUAAUCACGAUGAAGAAGAAGCCAUAGAAAAUAGAAAACUUUGUACGAAUGUGUCAGGAUUUAUUUUCAAGAACUAACUUUCGCCCCAUGUACUCUUUUUUUUAAAAUGUGUUUAUUAUGGGGAAAACUGUCCUCAGUUCUUGCCAUUCUUUCGCCCUAAAAUCGGCGACGCGGACAGACAUGAGGGAUUCUUUUGCUGUCCCUAAAAAUACUUUGGUCACUUAGUGAAUAUCAAAGAAAAAGUAUGUUUCUAUGAUACACACUUUCUACUAUUUAACCGUAUAACCUUUCCCCAAACAUUUUGUUUUAACCUCUUCCCAAUCCAUUACGCCUUCAACCAUAUAUGCAGGCUGUUUCAUAUAGGUGUGUUUCAUAUAGGUCUAUUUUUAAUGUGUGUGGAGAGAGGGAAAACGGUUGGAAAUGUUACAGUUAGAGACACAGCUGUGUUAGUGAACAGGGAAGGGAGGGUGCAUACAGGGACUGGGUUGGCAUGUGGUCACAGGGAAUUGACAGACUACAGGUUGUCUCAUCACUCUGUCCCUGUAUAUUGUCAUUGAUAAAUGUGCCAUACAGAUGUUCUUUUUCAGGGUAUGGGCCAAACAAGGGAGCUGAGGAAAGCCUGAAACAAACCAAAUACUGUGAAUGUGCCCAACAUUUAUUUUCCCAUAGCUCAGAGAGGAAGUGUAACCAAGGGAUUGAGACCGACGCAGUUCAAUGGAUGAAAACGUUGCAUGGACUGUAGAUUGAAAGAGGAAGUACUUCACCCUCUCAGAUUUUUGCUUUCGGUCUCUGCUUGUCCAGCCCUUCAGGCCCCUCUGCCUGUUAUUUUGUUUCUUGUAAGAGGUGUGUGAUAACUUGACACAGAGAUGACAGCAAGACUGUGGAAUAAGCAAGAGUGGUAACUGAGAAGAGCAGUGACGUGAAUUCUUACAUCCGUAGGCUACCCACUGGAAUAUCUAAGUAUUAGCUAAUCAAGCAACAACAAUCCAUCUACCUUGGACACAGACUAACAACUAUGAGCACUUUCAGACGCUCAUGGAGGAAGUGACUGACUCUGCCAGACCGCAAUUUGACGAGGAUAGUCUCUUUGCCCUUGUGUAGAGUUUAAAGUGUCAGAAGUCCUUCAACAUCUGUCACUACAGCCCAACUAAGGGGGAAAAACACAUUUCUGCACUGGACUGGUAGAAAGAAAACAUAGGUGAACCUGCGAGUCGGAAUAUGGUGCUGCAAUGAACUAGGAAUCCCCUACUGGAGUUAGUGGGAGGAACUGGAACUGAGGUGAAACCCAGAACUAACCGAGGCCUUAGCACACCAACGGAAUGCCAUGUACUAAACUGGAAAUGCGCUUGAUUUAACUGGUAAUUAUUGCACUUUGGAGGUAACAGAACUAGUUUGUAAUAUUGGAACUGAUCUGGGAAAUCAGCAGGAAAUGAAAUUGCAAUGGAAGUGUUUUGAGGAUGUUUUCUGUACAUCUUCCAUUCUGAACUGGUAGCAUUUGGGAAGACUGGAAACUGUUCCUGUGGAACGGCAUUUAUUGGGAGAGGAUUACUGAAACCAACAGCACUGUCUGCAGAAAUGGCGGGCCCGGGAAAGGACUACAACCAUCUCUUCAAACUGCUCAUCAUUGGAGACUCCAAUGUAGGGAAAAGCAGUCUACUACUACGAUUUGCGGAUAACUCCUUCUCUGGCAGCUACAUCACUACAAUUGGUGUGGACUUUAAGAUCCGUACGGUAGACAUAGACGGGGAGCGAGUCAAACUGCAGAUCUGGGACACGGCGGGCCAGGAACGCUUCAGGACCAUCACUUCAACGUAUUACAGAAAUACCCACGGUGUGAUUAUUGUUUAUGACGUCACCAACCCAGAGUCGUUUGUGAACGUGAAGAGGUGGCUUAAUGAGAUCACUCAGAACUGUGACAACGUCUGUAAGAUCCUAGUGGGGAACAAGAAUGACGACCCCUCCAAGAAGCAGGUGGACUCCCAGGAUGUAAUGCAUUUCGGGGAGUCGGUGGGCGUCCGGGUAUUUGAGACGAGUGCCAAAGAAAAUAUCAACGUUGAAGAGAUGUUUAUGGCUUUCACUCACAUGGUCCUUCGGACAAAGAAGCAGAGUCAGAGUCGUGCAGAGAGAGAGCGGGAACGAGAGAAGGAAACGGUUGACAUCAACUCUCACAGACACAGAGAGAGGAGGAAGAGGGGGAAGAAGUGUUGCUGAGGGAGAAAGGGAGGAGAUUUUCUAAGAACAGGACAGACCAAUGGAGAGUUGAGCAUCCAAAGUCUGUCUGCGCUCAUGUGGAAAGAGCCAGGACAUUACAUGUUGACAUUGCACUGAGUCAAGAUUACAAGAGGUUAAGGACAGAGAACCACUGUUACGUGCCGAAUUUUUACCCUAGCAGUUAUUUUUUAUGAAUGUAUAUUAAUGUCAUUUUAUCAUUAAAAAGGAAACUGGAUCCCCAAAGUGUCAAACUGUUAUUAAAACCCCUAAUUUAGGAAAUACACUAAUGACUUCAAGUGACUAGAGUGAUGCAUCUGUCUUAUUUGUAAUGAAAAAGACUGUCAUGUGAUAAAUAUGUCUAAAUAAACAGUGAGCAAUAAAGUCAA